CACAAGUUUUAAUUGUUUUUAUGGUUAAUCUUUAAACUGUCAGAAAAUAGCCGAAAUGUAAAUAACUGAAACAACUAAUCGAUUAUCAGAAUUGUUAAUUUAUUUUCUGUUGAUCGACUAAUUUAUUAAUCAUUUCACUACACUUAGUUGCCAGCUUUUUAUGUACGCCUAGCUAAAACAACUGCAGUUUAAUACAACAGUCCUAUAACAAAUCCUUCAGCUCCAUAAUUAUCCCAUGACUUUAAGUGCUCUUGAUGGGAUGAGUCACAUCAUUAUAUUCUUAUAUUGUAAUGACGUUCACAAUAGGAAUUGCAUUUUAAUAUACUUUCUCUUCCACCACUGUGCAGACCGAUAUGGAGUAAACAGAGCUUUUGGGGCCCCUGGGGGAAUUGCCUGGUUAGCUAACUCCAGCACCAUUGCCACAGGUUGGACUACCAGCUAGCUUCCCAACUUCCGGUGAUUGUGUCAUCCAAUUCGGGCACUUCCUUCUCCUGGAAACCGCCUCUCUCGCCCUUGUGGUUCCCACCCAAACAAACAAAGCUCAGCUGGAUAUUUUUCUUCCCCUCAGAAACGUUUAACAGCCUUAUCUGCAGGCUGCCGGUCCCCGUCAGUUAGCUGGACUUGUUUUCAGAGAAUAGAGCUCUUGUAAAUAACAGACGAUGUUUACCGUUUCUCUCUGUAGCCUUGUCUAACUGACGACUUGCUUGUAAUUUCAGCCAUUGCACAACUGUGUCAGUAAGCUAGCUGCUACUCUCCGCGUCCAGACAGCAGCCGGCAGCUCAGCAAGGCUGGGCAGAAAUGACGAGCGGUUUGGUUGUGACUGUAUUUACCUUAAAAGAGGUGUGGUAGUAGCCACGGAUGACAGUUCCGAUUUGGCUCCUUUGGAAGAUUUGUUCAGUCAAGCAAGCGGCCAGCGCACUGAGCAGCCCAGCAGCUGCCUCGUAAAUUAACCCCCACGCCCUCUGUUUGCUGUGCUGCGGUUUCGUCCUGUGCUUUUCCAAACUCCGUUACUAUGAGUGCAAUGCGUGUUGAUGCCAAAGUGGUGAUGCUGGGAAAGGAGAGUGUGGGAAAGACCAGUCUGGUGGAGAGAUACGUUCAUCAUCGCUUCUUGGUCGGCCCGUACCAGAACACUAUCGGUGCUGCUUUCGUUGCCAAACCAAUCCAGGUGGGGGAGAAAGUGAUUACCCUGGGAAUAUGGGACACAGCUGGAUCAGAGCGCUACGAAGCUAUGAGCAGAAUCUACUACAGAGGAGCCCGGGCCGCCAUAGUCUGCUACGAUCUAACUGACAGCAGCAGCUUCCAGCGAGCUCGGUUCUGGGUCAAAGAGUUGCAAAACUGUGAGGAGCACUGUAAGAUCUACUUGUGUGGCACUAAAAACGACCUGAUUGAAGGAGAUCGGAGCUUGCGCCAAAUUGACUACCAUGAUGCUCAGGACUUUGCAGAAGAGAUUGGUGCACAACAUUUUGAGACCUCCAGUAAAACAGGAAAUAAUGUGGAUGAGUUGUUCCAGAAAGUUGCUGAGGAUUACAACAACACUGCCUUCCAGUAUAUGACAGCAGAGGAAACUGGUAUCGAUUUGGGCCAGAAGAAAGACUCAUAUUUCUACUCCUGUUGUCACAACAACUGAUGCUGGGCAACAGGAAGGGAAACAGAAGCGGUCACCUUCCCUUAGCUGGAGUCCAACCUGGAUAUGCUGGAUGGGUGUCACAUACGUCCGCUCUGGAUCUGGUACCAAAUCACUGAAAAAGAAAUCAAACAGUACUGUUUAUACGUUAUUAAAUGUUUAUUUCUUUUGUGCCAUAAAGAACUGAGGGGUGCGAGACUUUAUGGAGGAGGAUAUGCUACGACUACAACUGUUACUGGGUGGAGAGGAACUUAAAAACCAACACUCCCACUUUUCACCCAGUUAUGUCCCAUGUUUUAUCCCCACAUCAGCUGUUCACUUUUCCAUAGCUCUCUGAGCUGGACCACAUCAUGGAAGGAAACCUAUCCCUAACGCUGUGGUGUUAAACAAUCGGAAUAUGAGCUGUGGUGAAAAGACGACCUGCAGUGGUGAUGAAGUUAAAACAGUGCUAACAAAACAGAAGGAUCCUACUGAACCUGCACUCGCAGAGAAAACUUGAUGCUGUUGAUUGUUAUAGCGGGUGCUGUGCUACAGGAUGGUGAAUGGUUUGUUUACACAAGUUAAUUUUUGUUUACUUGGAACUGUAAUUAACCUGGUUGUGGAAACCCAGCCUGCACAUCUUCAGUGAAGCCUACAUGAAUGGAGUGAAGCCAGCGAGGUUAUGUGUUAACAAACAAAACAAAACGCUCCUAUGUUCUCAACCAUACUGCAUUGAAAUGGACCCUUACGAAACAUUUGCAAAUCUGGUAUAACACAUGAAUGAAAGGACACCAAUUAAAUUUAAAAAGGCCUUUAUAUAUCCACAGUAAAAGAGGUGUGUCUAGAGCUUUGACUUUUAAGCAUUUACCACAACAAUACCACACCUUUUGUCAUGUGACAGCCAUGGAUGUAUUAAAAGAGCUGAUACAGAGCUGCCAUUGAGCCUUGCUGCUAAUUUGCCCCAGUAGCCCAAAAAGCUUUUAAAACCACCGUCUGUCAAACUGUUGACAGGACGCCUCCAACUGCGAACAAAUUCAGUUCAAACAAGGUAAAACUCCUUGUAUAACAAAUAUUUAAACCAUGAAUGUUUAAUAUUUGUAAAACAUUAAAGCUGAUUUUAUUCAAGUGACUCCAUUCCAAUAUAAAGUGUAUGGGGUCAAUGAGAGAAACACUACUACUCGAGCAGUUGGCCUCACAACACAGAGUGAAACCUGGAAGCUACAAGACAUUUUUGGUUAAUGCAGUUUUCACUGAAAUGAACAGGGGCCAUCUUGAAGUCUGGUAUCCAGUUCUCAUAUUACAUCCAUGCUGACAGUAUUUACUACAUGUAUCUGCUAAGUUAUCUUUUGCAGCAUAAGCUGAUUUUAAGUGGUGGAUUCUCAAAUGGCUACACCUGAUAUAAAAUUACCUGACCUGAGCUGACUGAAAGAAAAUUUGAAGGACAGUUUUCUGUAUCUAAACUCUAAAUUUUCUAUUUUGUAAUUCUAAAUGGAUGGAACACAUAUGGAAAUAUGACUUGUCAAAUUCUCUUUCAGUCAUUUCUAGCAGUGAAAUGUUCCUUCGAAGACAGGCUCUGAAAGGUUUUAGGAAAGGCUGUGGUGAGAAACUGCAGAUUUAACCAACACAGGAAAAAGCCUUGUGGGUGAAUGUUGUAAUAUUGUAUAAACCAUCAUCUCUCAAUGUUCUCAGAACAAUAUUUACAGCUAUAUUUAAGACUCAAGUAACUAAUUUAUUGCCUUUUAAGUUGUUCUGCCAGAUGUGGGGAAAUAAAUGGACACAAUCUCAGUUUCCCCCGUGUUGCUGCUUUGAUGUGUUCCUGUCAUAUGUGUUGAUAUUUUGAUGCACAAUAUUUUUAUUGGAGGCUGUUAAAGAGGGAUUGGUGUAAAAUAACAAUUAUGUUCUGUUAAAUUAAAAGCUUAUUGAAAGAA